CCACCGCCUUGGGACAGACGCUGCAGUUGGUAUCUCCAUUGCCUCACCGCUGCAGAGCGAGGCCUCUGGAUCAGGGCGCGUGGUUCAAAUCCUUGAACCUCCACACACACGCCCACUUCAGACCAGCCGCCACCACGAAAAUUUCCUCGUCCAUGUCAUAGGCCCUCUUAUUGAUCUUUCAUCUCGCCCACCGCUGCUCUUUUGCACACCCUCGAGCAAUUUCCACAUUACAUAGCAUCCUCUAAUACCCCCAAUAUGUGGCAACAAGUCUCUAUGCUUGCCAGGGCCGUCAACGAAAAUGGUGUGCCCGCCAUAACGGACCCUUGGGCAACCAAAGAUAUUGUCUAUGUAGCUAUUGUCGGCAGCGUCAUGCUUGCUGCUUUGCUCGAAUGGUUCCUUUGGUUAGCUGCUUUUCUAUAUUGUUUGGUCAAAGUCUUCCAGAAGGCCGAGACCAUUAGUGUCAGAAUUCUGGCGAUUAUCAUGAUGAUUCUUUUCACGGCUCUCCGAGCGAUUUUUCUUCCCAUCAUGGUCGUAACCCUUCCGCUGCCGUCGCAGGUUACACAAUAUUUUCCGACCGCUAUGGUUAGCUUUUUGCAAUGGUUCGCCUUCUGGUCUUUUGCCGGUCUUCUGACAAUUCCGUGGUUGUUCUGCGUUUACCAGCUGGUCACCCACUCUGUUGGACGAAGGAAGCGGAUAAAGACGGUGCUGGACGAAGCCUCGGCUCCCAAGGUCGUCAUCAUCAUGCCCUGCUACAAGGAAAUUCCCGAGAUUCUCCUCCGCACUGUUGACUCGUUAGUUGACUGCGAGUAUCCACCGUCAUGUCUUCACAUCUUCCUCUCUUUUGAUGGGGACCAGGAAGAUGAGCUGUACCUCAACACCAUUGAAAAAUUAGGAGUACCUCUUACCCUCGACUCGUACCCCAAGUCUAUUGAUGUGACCUACCGAAGCUGUCGCAUCACAGUCUCUCGAUUCCCUCAUGGUGGAAAGCGCCACUGCCAGAAGCGAACUUUCAAGCUCAUCGACAAGAUCUAUACCGAGUAUCUCAAGCGCAACGAUAACCUUUUCGUGCUCUUUAUCGAUUCCGAUUGUAUCCUAGACAAAGUCUGCAUUCAGAACUUCAUGUAUGAAAUGGAGCUCAAGCCCGGAAGCAAGAAGAAUAUGUUGGCGAUGACUGGCGUGAUUACGUCCACAACAGAGAAAAACUCGCUUAUCACGCUGUUACAGGAUAUGGAGUAUAUCCACGGUCAACUUUUCGAGCGUUCCGUUGAAUCUGGUUGCGGAGCCGUCACCUGUCUACCUGGUGCCCUCACAAUUCUUCGUUUCUCGGCCUUCCGACGCAUGGCUAAAUACUACUUCGCUGACAAGGCCGAGCAGUGCGAGGAUCUCUUCGACUACGGAAAAUGUCAUUUGGGCGAAGAUCGAUGGCUGACCCACUUGUUCAUGAUUGGUGCAAAGGAACGAUACCAAAUUCAGAUGAAUACGGGAGCUUUUUGCAAGACCGAGGCUGUACAAUCCUACCGAUCCCUCCUCAAGCAACGUCGCCGAUGGUUCCUGGGGUUUAUCACCAACGAAGUAUGCAUGUUGACAGACAUUCGACUCUGGAAGCGAUACACCAUCCUUUGUAUUGUCCGAUUCAUGCAGAACACUAUUCGUACAACCGCCCUUCUCUUCUUCAUUAUGGUUAUCUCCAUCAUCACCACAUCCCAGAAGGUCAAAAAUCUACCGGUGGGCUUCAUCGCCAUUUCACUUGGCCUGAAUUGGGUUCUCAUGCUGUACUUUGGUGCCAAACUCGGACGUUACAAAAUCAUGCUUUACCCCGUCAUGUUCGUCAUCAACCCCUUCUUCAAUUGGGUGUACAUGGUUUACGGUAUCUUCACUGCGGGUCAGCGGACCUGGGGAGGACCUCGAGCAGAUGCCGGAUCUGCUGACACCACGACCACACCCCAACAGGCCAUUGAGCAAGCCGAAGCCGCCGGUGAUGAUCUCAAUGUUGUUCCUGAGACCUUUAAACCUGCUGUGGAGGCACAGAAGAAUCGUCCUGCAGCUGUGCCGCUCCAACCUUCUGACCACUUAGAAGGCCGCUUCGCCCCGGCAGAGAGACAGCCAGGUGGCUGGUACCAACAACCCAACGACUCAGGUCUCACCCUUCCAAACAUGCUUCCGCGCAAUCCAAAUGCACCACACGUCCCACUUCACCCACGCACUUCAAUGGACUCUUUCAUGUCUGGAACUUCCGCUGGCAACUCGGUCUAUCUACCACGUCGCAUCGAAAGUAUUAUGGAUCCCGAAGACGCUCGCUUGUAUCACAAGACCCAAGCGUCCCAGAAACCUGCUGGUGGCGCGUACUUUGAAACGGAUCACCGCCCUAAGCAUCCGUAUCAGAUAAACACAGCCCAGGCUAAAUCUCCGUACCAUGAAUCCGUCGAGUCUCUCUCAGACGACUCCAUUUAUCAAGGCCAUGGGAAGCUCCCGCAGAGACCCCCACACUCACGUGGUAACAGUGACCAGAGCACCCGCUCUCCUAGUCAACAUUCUCCAGCUGCUAAUUCGCCUCUUUCUGCAGAGUUCGGGCAAGCUGGGUUAGAAGUACCGAAGGCGAGCCACAGUCGAGAAGGCCACCGCGACUCCUCUGGAUCCUACACGGCCGCUAAUCGCACGGGCCGCAGCCCGCUUGCCCGAGCCAGCUUUGUCCGGACCGCUCCGGGUGAGGAAGUUGGCAUCGAGCUCCAGCAGCAACAGCAGAGGAGUUUGAUGCGCGAUGUUUCACCUGCACCUGUUGUAACCCCGACAGAGCCGGGCCAUUCGAGAAGCGAGAGCCGUGAUUCUGAGAAGAAGAGGAGAAGGAGACUAACGAAGAAUCCUCCUGGUAGUAGCAAAUAGGCUUUGUGGUUGUCAAACGGACCAUCAAUAUCGUGUGGUAGCAGUUCUACGUUCCUUAAACUCGUCGCAUACGCAUACCAAAAAUCGGAUUUCAUUUCACAUGUCCCUCGCUGUGCUAUCACUGCACUUAGACGUUAAAGAAUAUUUUCACCACAUCCUCGGAUUUUCUUCAAGUUUCAUCUUGC